UUGACAAAUGGUACUGGGGACCAGCAGGAGAUAUCCCCCCCACCACUAAAUGAUCUACACCAAGUCUUAAAGAAACACAAAUCUGCCAUGAAGAAUAAAUCCAAGACUGUAUCUGAAGGAAUUCCUUCAUGUGGAAAUAAAACCCAACUUAACAAGGUUUUCACGAACCUCUACAUCAUAGAGGGAGAGAGUAAAGGCGUAAAUGAGGAACACGAGGUUAUACAGAUGGAGAGAAGGAAGGAAAAGCACUUCCAAGACACACCAAUCAACUACUUAAAUAUCUUUACUUCUGUAGAAGAGAAAAAACAAGUAAAUAUUACGGCAGUGACAUCAGAAAAUGCCAGACACAAUCUAGGAGGCCGAACGAUCAAGACUGUGCUCACCAAGGGAAUAGCCGGCAUUGGGAAAACCAUCUCGGUGCAGAAGUUCAUCCUGGACUGGGCUGGAGGAAAUUCCAAUCAGGAUAUUGAUUUUAUGUUUGUGUUUCCGUUUCGUGAGCUGAAUUUGAUUAAACACGACCAUUACAGCCUUCACAAACUUAUCUGUGACUUCCAUCCUGAGAUCCAAGAUGCAAACCCAGAAAUAUACAACAACCAUAACGUUGUGUUCAUCUUUGACGGCCUGGAUGAAAGCAGACUUGCGUUGGAUUUUUUAAAUAGCGAGAAAGUGUCAGCCGUGACGACGACAUCGACCGUUGGCGUCUUGAUGUCAAACCUGAUUAGAUCCGAUUUGCUUCCUCUGGCUCGUAUCUGGAUCACAUCCCGGCCAGCUGCAGCCAAUCAGGUUCCGUUCCAGCACAUCUGUCGUGUGACUGAAAUCCAGGGAUUUGGUGACCCUCAAAAGGAGGAGUACUUUACCAAGAAGAUCAGUGAUAAAGAUCUUGCUGGGAAAAUCAUCUCCCACAUCAAGAAAACAAGGAGCCUCUACAUUAUGUGUCACAUACCCAUCUUCUGUUUGAUUGCAGCCACUGUACUUGAGGAACUCAUGAAACGAAACGGACAUACCGAAGCUCCAAAGACUUUGGCUGAGAUCUAUGUUCAUUUCCUGCUCACUCAGGCCUGCAUGAAGAAUCAGAAAUAUGAAGAUAUGGUCGAGAGAGAUCCACAGAUACUUCUAGAAAAUAACCAAAUUACGAUGCUGAAGCUGGCCAGACUGGCUUUUAAACAGCUCACGAUGGGCAACGUGAUGUUCUAUGAAGAAGAUCUGAAAGAGUGUGGCAUUGAUAUUACUGAUGCAUCAGUAUAUUCCGGGAUUUGCACUCAGAUCUUUAAGAAAGAAAGUGUCCUGUACCAGAAGAACGUCUACAGCUUCGUUCAUCUGAGCUUCCAGGAGUUUUUUGCUGCUCUCUACACCUUUUAUAGCUACACGACGAAGAACAUGGAGGACCUUCAGUUUUUCAAACCGCCCCACCAAGACUGGACGGACGAAUUCCCUUUGGACGAGUUACUCAAGGCAGCUGUUAAUAAAGCCUUACAAUCAGACAACGGCCAACUCGAUCUGUUCCUCCGUUUCCUUCUUGGAAUCUCACUGGAGUCCAAUCAGACCCUCCUUCAAGGCCUCCUAAGCCACACCCGGAAUAGCGCUGAGGACAUCCAGACGACUGUUCAGUACAUCAAAUGGCAAAUUCAAACCGAAGACCUUGCAACAGACAGAUCGAUUAACCUGUUCCUGUGUCUGACUGAACUGAAGGACCAGUCUCUCGCCAAGGAGAUCUGGAAGUAUCUAAAUAGUGAGAAACCCUCAAAGGUAGAGGAGAAACCCUCAAAAAAGGAACCCUCAGAGAAGAAACUGUCCGCGGCUCACUGUACGGCUAUAGCGUACAUGCUGCAGGUAUCCGAAAAUGUCCUGGACGAGCUGGACCUUAAGAGAUUCGACACUUCGCAGGAGGGACGAGGGAGGCUCAUUCCAGCUGUGAGCAACUGCAGAAAGGCUCAAUUUGCAGGCUGUCAUCUGACCACUGAUUUAUACCAAACGAUCACAUCAGCUUUGCAGUCUGAGAACUCUCCUCUGAGAGAACUGGACCUGAGUAAUAAUGAUGUCCAGGAUUCAGGGGUGAAGCUGCUCUGUGCUGGACUGAAGAGUCCACACUGUCAUCUACACACACUCAGGUUAUGUGUCUGUAACCUCGGGGAAAAGGCUUGUGCAGAUCUGGGAUCAGUUUUAUCAACGCCAAACUGUCCUCUUAGAGAACUGGAUCUGAGUAAUAAUGACGUGCAGGACUCAGGUGUGAAGCUGCUCUGUGAUGGGCUGAAAAGUCCACACUGUCAUCUACACACACUCAGGUUGUCUGGUUGCUCCGUGACAGCUGAAGGAUGUUCUGCUCUGGCUUCGGUUCUCAGUUCAAACUCGUCUCACCUAAAAGAACUGGAUCUGAAUUACAACCAUUUAGGAGAAUCAGGAGUGAAGCUGCUCUCUGAAAGACUAGAAGAUCCCAGCUGUAAACUGGAGACACUCAGCAAGAAUUAUGGAGGGAAGGACAGGAUCAAACCAGGUCUAAGAAAAUAUGCUCGUGAGCUCACACUGGACCCCAACACAGCAAACACCCAUCUUGCUCUGUCCGAGGGCAACAGGAAGGUCACGCAAGGUCCUGAUGAGCAUCCGUAUCCUGAUCAUCCAGAAAGGUUCGAAUUCUUCAAGCAGGUCAUGUGCAAGGAGGGCCUGUCGGGGCGCUCGUACUGGGAGGCCGAGUGGACCGGCGGCAACGUCGUUAUAGCCAUGAGUUAUAAAGAUAUUCCCAGGAAAGGAGGCAAGGGAAACUGUGUGUUCGGGUCUAACGACAAGUCCUGGAAACUGGACUGUUCGAGUGAUAGUUACACUGCGCAUCACAAUAAACAGAGGACCGACGUACCUGCUCCGGCCUUCCGCUCCAACAGGGUAGGAGUGUAUCUGGACCAGACGGCUGGCGUCCUGUCGUUUUACAGCAAAUCCUCUGACACGCACGUGCAAACCCACCUACACACUUAUUAUGCGAAUUUUACUGAGCCGUUGUAUGCUGGGUUUUGGGUCGAUAUCGAUACCUCGGUCCGUAUGUGUUAGAUGGAGUAGGUACGUGAUGGAUUGUCGUACACAUAGCGCCAUCCAAUUUAGGUCAUAAUGCACCGAUGUUAUUUAUUCUAUUUAUUUUUCCAGGCUUAUUGUUAUUUAAAAAGGAGUUUUU